UUUUUUUUACCUUCUCGUUUAUGGAGUCUAUAUUCUCUUCUUCUUCUUCUUUUUCACGAAAGGGGAAAAACAAUUGAAUUAGGUGGAUGUUGUAUACAUGCAUGUGUGAUAGUCUGAAAGGCAUUUCAAGUUCUUUCCAUGGAUUGUAUCGUUAAAAUACGAGCGAUUCUUUUAAACUCUCUUUGUUUUUUUUUUAAUUCUUAAAGAUAAUAGAGACUUAGCUGCUGCCUACCCUUAUGUUGUGAUCACAUAUACUAAACCAGAACUAUAAAAAAUACACUCACUUCAUCCGUCCCACCAAUAAUUGAGCCUUAUCCGAAUCCAAUUGGUGUUGUGGCUUUACAAGUCAUUUCCCUGCUGUCUAUUCUUCAAGCCGUGUUCAAUCUUAUUUUUAAAAUAGUCGCAAAUGCAUAUGAAUCAUUGAGGGAUGCAAAUCUCAGCUUAAGGAACAGUUACUAUGUACACUACAAACAAAGAACGAAUCAUCGAGUGAAUUGUUCUUUUUCUCUCACUCUCCCCUUUUUAUAAAAAAAAAAAAAAUCAAGUUCUUGCUGCUUGUCUCCAUUAAGCUCUGGCCAUGCUCCUUCCUAGUGAAAAAUGAAAAACUCAUAAAGUAAUUCAAAAGAAAGAAUCUGUUCUUCUCAUGGACCCUAGUGGUAUCACAGACUUCCUAAUGUUGCCAUCAGCCACCUCUCUAUCCUAGACUGUUACGGACCCACUUACUUGAUGUUGGAAAUGAGAGGUGAGUCUCUGAACUCAUGUCAUUUAUGCUAAGGCUAAUCUCUGCUGCUUCUGUGAUGAAAGUCGUACCAUCCUUGUAAUUAGAGUUAAAUUAGCAGCUGUAUUUGAAACCUUUUUUGUGUUUUUUACUGAAAAAGCACAUCUGAAUGUAAUCAAUAUUUUGAAUUAUUUCUUACUGUAGGAUCAGUUGUCAGCCUGAUAAAAACUCUACAAUCUCCAACAGCACUGCAUCAAAACAAAAAUAUAAGUAUAAAAACAAUGUCUACAGAAGAUUUUUUUUUUUUGGGUUGGCAGAAGGGUGUCCAUAUCUCUAUCUCAAAGAAACAAACAUGUGGCUUUUUGCAACAUUAAAGAAGUUAGGUAAGCUCCCUAAUAGUUACAGCAACAAUUAUUAGUAGUGUUUUCUCAUGUAAACAAAGGAAUGUUACAGAGAGCACAUCAGAUUUGAUUACUUGGGAAUUUCUCUUAUGAUGUUGAUUGUUCAAAAUGACAAUAGGAAACAGAUAUGUUUGUUCACUCCACCUUUGGAUAAACUCAGGAUUGGCCUCCAAAUCUUUCAUUGUAAAUGGUUGUGUAUUUGAUAGUAUGUUGGAGGGCAAACUGAUCGUCCAAUGUUCAUGCCUGAAGUAUCUAUCUUCCAUUUAGAUUUAUACACAAUUUGGGAGAACAGGACAAGUGCGAUCUUAUCUAUAUUACAUAAGCUUUUAAGCUUGUCCCUGUCAGGCAAAAAACAGGACUUUCUUCUUUAUGCUAAGCCCUUAGUUCGGCAAACUUUGGCUCCAUUCAUGGCAACUUUUCUUCGUCAAACAGUCCAUCAGCUAGACAGCCUCAUCUCCUGAACUUAUGCAUAGAAAUUAGAAAUUCUGCCAGCCUAUGCGGUCCCCAUUCGAAGGUUGGCUUAUGGUCAUGGGCAUCUUGUAAGGCAUGCCAAUCUUUGGCCACAUUCAUAUCGUCCUCUUUGAAAAAUAUAACUCUGUUAACCCACUCUAUUAGCAAAACUCUUCCAGCAUUUCAAUGACUAAAAAUUUCCUUGCUCCCAAUUGCCAGAUACUAGAGAGUGCUUGAGACCACAUGGAGGUAGAAGGGACUGUGGAAGGGUAUGUUAAGGAAUCUCAGGUUGGGAAAGAGCCAUCAAAGAAGUGCAGGGUGGAUUCUCCUUCGCCUUCUGCGAAUAGCUGCUUCGACUGCAACAUCUGCCUGGACUUUGUGUCUGAACCUGUUGUCACCCUCUGUGGCCACCUCUACUGCUGGUCCUGCAUCUACAAGUGGUUGCAAGUCCAGACUACUUCACAUCAGCAGUGUCCUGUCUGCAGGGCCCCGCUCUCGGAGGACACUCUUGUCCCGCUCUAUGGUCAUGGUCCCAGUAACAAGAAGGAAUCUGAUCAGAACCUCAAUAUCCCCCACCGACCCUCCAUUUACCAGGACCAUGCUCUGAUUGCUUCGGUUAUUGAACACCAGUCCUCUCGUGCUCAUGAGGAGGAACACUUUGAUAUCCAUCCAUCAAUACCACAGAGACAACUUUCCCAUCAUCAUCACCACCAACAACACUAUCCUUAUAGUUUUGGUGUCAUGUCAGCAUCUUCAUCACUGCUGGCAGCGCCCGUGUUCCAUUCCAUGGCAGGUGGCGUGCUGGGGGAGUUGGCUGUUGCUGUCUUUCCUGGGGUGUUCCGGAAUCAUGAGGCUGGAUUGUAUCAUAGGAGCCGCCAGUAUGAUUUAACAGCAAGUAUGAACAGCCCAAGGCGUAGGCGGCAGCAGAUGCUGGUGGAGAGCUCGCUGCACCAGCUAUGGCUCUUCCUCUUCUGCUGUGCAGUUCUAUGCCUUUUAUUGUUCUGAAGAACUACAAGUCCCAUACUUUCUUCUAUACCACCUUUGCCCAUAGACAUGUACAUGAAUGUCAUAGGAAUAAAAUGCAAUUCCCUUCUAUCAAGACUUGUCCUUAGGUCUAUUUAGAUAAAGACAGGCAUUUUUGUAAACAGAGGGGGAGCAUUUCUGGAGAAGAUUAUACAUUAGCUGUAAUAAGAGGAGGUUUGUUGGCAGUGAGAGUUGAAGCCACUUUCAACUUCAUGGCCUGUUAAAAAGACAAAAUUUGUAUCCUAAGCCAGAAUCUGUAAAUAUACAAUCCAGUGCUUGUAACCAGUAUUAUUGUGAAAUAUUGAUGUAAAGGGCUUCGCUCGCUUCCAGUCUGGCAUUGCCUUUUUU